AUGGAGCUCUCAAUAAAGCCAAUGCAUUAUGAUCGCGGGACAUACAAUCCCUACUUCGUCUCGCCUAACCUCAACAGAUUGAUUGGUCAAGGGUGCAGCAUCUUCACCUAUGUGAGCAACAUUGUGUCCUCGGUUUUCACAGGAGGAUGCUUCUCCAUCUGCGAAGACCGAACAAGGUUCGGCUUUUCCCUUGAUGACCAUGAUCGCAAGUGCUUGGGAUUCGAAUGCUGUGAGGAAGCUGUUCCCCCAGGACUUAAUUCUCUCUCCGUGAGAAUGUUCAGUAUCAACAACUCAAGCGAUUACUGGCAUCCACGCCGCUGCAGCCGUGCUUUCAUCGCGGAUAAGAAAUUCCCUCGCAUUAAGUAUGAGGACCCCGAGGUUCCAAUGGUAUUGAGUUGGGUUGCUGGGAAUGGGACAUAUAAACCAGAUCAUAGAACAGGCAACACCUCCUUCAGCAGCGAUUGUGGCGUGAAUGCUCACUGCGUCAUCUUUGUCCGCGGAGGAUAUCUCUGCCAAUGCAACACAGGUUUCGAAGGAAAUCCAUACCUUCCCCAAGUUUGCCUAGAUGUUAACGAAUGCAAUGGGACUAAGAAGAGGUGCACCGAUAUACAAAACUCCAUUUGCAUCAACACCGAUGGGGGAUACUACUGCGGUUGUCAACCUGGUUAUACAUUUGCCUAAGGUUCCGAUGGAAGCAAUGCAUCCGCGAUGCGACAACCGUGGACAUUGUUCUUUGCAAUACUUUUUGGUCUUUCGCGUUGAGCCAGAACUGCGUUUUCAUUUUCAUAAACCAAUUAUUCUCCAGUGGGUGCAGGUGUCGCGAUAGGAUUGACCGUAAUAGUCGCCUUGGCCAUUGGAAUCUGGUUUGCUUGGCUUCUUAGA